GCUAUUACCAGUGCAUAUACACUGGUAAUAAACCGGUGAAAAUUGCUAAUACCAGUGAACCAAUCAUAUUACCUUAUUUUAGACAUGUGACACGCGCGUAUUUUAACUGAAAAUAAAGAAAUUUCCAUGGCAAAAUUAUUUGUUAAUACUUGCUUUUUAAAAAUGGCCGCAAGCCUAAAGUUAGGAGAUACUUUCCCUGAUUUUCAAAGUUGUAUAAAUGCAGUCAAUAAGUUCGCUUUAACAAAUUAUCGUCCAAUAAGGAUAGAUAGUAAAGAAACUGUUGCUAGUCACAAUAAAAAGUUAAUUGCUGAUAAAGCUAUUGUCACAACAGAAGAGAUAUUCGCAUGCAGAUCGUAUUAUUUGGAUGGCUUUUUGGAUUCAGUUAACCUAUUUUGUAUAUAUGAAAGCCAAAUUAUUUAUUUAAAAUAACAUUGAAGUUGAUUUUUAUUAUUAUUAUUGCUUUCUCUACCUAUGAUUUUAUGAAUACUAUAAUUAAUAAGAUUUUUGUAAAUAAUAUUUAAUAAAAGUCAACAGGUAAAUAAACCAAAUUUGUCUUUUAACUUUGUUACUUUUUUGUUUUGUGACAUUUGGACAACCCUGUGCAAGGGCAGAAACAAGGACGAUAAAACAAUGACGGUGAUGGCACAAGUCUGCUAUCUCUUUUGUUGUUCCUGUAUGGUUGACAAAUACAGGUGGGUUUGUAAACAUUUUGGUCAACCUAGAAAAAGAGAUGGUGUGACUGGAAAAAGAAAUCAUCAAUCAGUACUUCCUUGUGGCUGUCAAGUGGCAUUGUAUAUUGCAUACAAUCCUGCAUUACCUGGAUAUAUGGUGCGCAAUAUCAAUCUUGAACAUAACCAUCCAAUUGGUGCUGAAGAAUUUCAGCUCUACUCAACAUCUAGAAAACCUACAAAGAAAAUUCUUGAAGAAACUGAGGUUCUCCUUCAUCACCGCGCAAAUCCAACUCUUGUUGCCAACUACUUGUUAGAUAAAAAAUUAAUGGUAAAGCAGAAAGAUAUAUAUAAUAUAAAGCAGAAAAUGAAGUUUCGAGGUUCUGCUGUUGAUGAAAUCAGAAAUGUUUUGACUGGUACGAAACAUAACAUACAUGCUAAUAUGGAAGGAUACAUUGAGGCUGUUACUUGGUCCACUCCAGAACAACAGAGCAUUUUGCAUAAGUUUCCGGAAGUUGUUAUGAUGGAUGGUACAUACAAAGUCAACAAUAUGGCAAUGCCAUUGUACACCCUUGCAAUUGUGGACUGCAAUGGAAUAGGUCAGCCAGUAAUGCAUAGUCUUGUUGAUAGAGAAGACCAGAUUCAUUUAGAGAUGAUCCUAGAAGAUAUUCGGUGUUGGACAGGUGAUCUACUAAAGUCUGCUACGUUUGUUAUUGACAAAGAUUAUGCUGAAAUCUCUGCUAUAAAAACUGUUUUUCCAAAAAGCAGAAUUCUUCUUUGUCGUUUUCAUAUAGUGAAAGCAUUUGUUCUGGAACUUAAGAAGUUGCCAGUGUCUGAAAGCGAGCAAGAUUUAAUUUAUGAGAAAAUUCAAAGCAUGGUAUACGGUAACCAAGCACAAUGUGAAGAUGCAAUAAACUUUGUUAAAAAUGCUUUUCCCAAUUUUUAUGCUUAUCUGGAACGAAACUGGUUAUCAAUUGGGGAGAUGUUUUUUGGGUAUCAACGAAAUGGAGUAAUGCACCUUGACAACCACACAAAUAACAGAUUAGAAAGAUAUCACCGAUCGUUAAAAGCUGUUACUGCUACUUCUAGAAUAAGCCCAGGAAUUCUGAUAGAAAAGUUGAUUUCUUUGGAUAGAGUAAUAUACUCAAAAAUAUUGCACUCUGAUUUUGAUCAGCGUCUCAAAACUAGAAAAGAUGUUCCGGAUGCUCUAAAAGAGUAUUCUGAUAAAGUGUCAUCUUUUUGUUUGAAUUUAAUUGUUGAACAAUAUUUUCUAAUGAAAAAAAAUGAAUAUGAUGUAAAAGAGGAUUUGGAAAAUAGGUUUCUUGUCAAAAACACCCAUAGCGAGUAUAAUGUUUUUAAAAAUGCUUGUAAUUGCGGGUUUUCAACUGGAUUUGGACUUCUGUGUCGACAUAUCAUGUGUGUGCUGCAGUUUUUGCAAAAAUCUAUAUUUGACUUGGAACUUGUAAAUAAAAGGUUACUAAUUCACAAAUGGCAUACACCUAAAACCAAAUCUUGUCAUAUCCCAUCAAAAAAUAUGUCAUCUGUUUCUUUUGCACCUGUUAAGGAAAGAGUACUAACUUACACUCAGCGAUACCAGACAGUAAUGUCAUAUUUACAACCAAUAGCUUCAAUUCUUGCAGAUCUUCCUCCUUCAAGUUUUGUUAGUGCAUUGGAAUGGGUAAAAACGUUGGAAAAUCACAGUCGUACCACUCAAUGGAUGUCAACAAACCCAAAUAUCCAAAGUAAUGACUCAACAGAUUUAAAUAUAAGGAACUCUUCCGAAAUUGUAAUUCAAGAUGAUGUAUUGGGACCUGAUGAUAUAGAAGAACGAUUUGACUUUUCAAUUCAUCAGAAAGAGUCAGAGCAGUGCAAAGAAGAACCAAAUGAGCAUGAAAUUCAAGGAAAAGAAAUUGACCAAAUCAAAAAUGACAAAACUCCAACAAAGUCAUUUAGCCAGCCAACUCUUUUAUUAAAACCUAUUGUCAGAAAAUCUUCAGGCAGACCAUUAAACUUAAAGCAGCGGCUCUUUUACCAUGCACCUAAAAAGUAUGAAAAGUUGCGCCCAAUAGAUAGACAAAUUUUAACUUUGCGAUGGUUAGUGUCCGAUGACGAUGCUAAUAAAGCUAUAAAUUUGUGUUCAAAAUUGUCAACUACAUCAUUGAAAUCAGUUGUUGAUAUGCGAGCUGCUGAUCCUAGAGUCGAUAUUCAUCACUUUAAACAAUUUUUUGAUGAUUCGGCAUGGAUGGCAUUGGAAAACCAAAUCAAAAAUUUAAACAACGUCAGACGAUGUUGUGCUCUUUGCCAUCAGGAAGAUGAUCUAGCAACAGCUAUUGUUGGUAAAAAAAAAAAAUUGUUGGCUUCAAUGCGAUAGAUGUUUAUCGUGGAACCACUUUGGUUGCUUAGGUCUUGAGCGAAAACCAAUAAGUAGUUGGUUUUGUGGGGAAUGCCGUUACUAAAUUUUGAUAAUUUAUAAAUUAUUAUUUUAGGCUGAUCUU